AUGCUGCGGUUUUGCCAGGCGAGGACGUUUCCAUCCGUUCCAGGAAAAGCAAAGGUCCAGGACUACGAUUCUGGACCUGAAGAAUGCGCAUUCUUCCUGGAACAGGUGGUAAGCGCCGGUGGCAUCAAGGACCCGGCCCCUGGCUGUGUUCCUGCAUCCAGUCGCUGGCCCUUUGUUCGGGUAUGGGCCGAGAGGGGUGGCAAGAUCCUGGGAGAGGUUGCCCAGUGGCCUGCCCGAGCAAGCAGCCAGCCGACAUGGUUCUCUGCUCGAAAGCUAGGCUUCCGAUUGGCUGCCGCAUCAUCGGCGACAUUGCGGAUAGAGGUUCGCGAUGGGAGCACUGUACUGGCUUCUGCCCAGACGGACAUGAAGGACUUGCAAGUGCACCAAAGAAUAAGUCUUGCUGCCGAUGUGCAGCCAGGAGUGCCGAAAUCCUCCGUGUCCUUUCAGAUUCUCGACUGCCAAGCAGUUCUGAGACCCAGGACGGUGUAUCUGGUUCGACAUGGCGAAAGUGAGUGGAACAAGGCGCAGAGCAGCCUAAACUUGCACGGGAUGGUUCGCACCACAGACCAUCCGCUCUCGGCCAAGGGCCGCGACCAGGCGGAGGCACUAAGACAUCUCUUGCAGAUUGAGUUCGACAAGGCUCGCUCUGGCAAAGCCAGCCCCAGUGUGGCUCCAAUGCUGAAGCCUGGGCUGAUUUUGGCCUCACCUCUCGGCCGAGCGCUGCAAACUGCGGUCAUCACGUACGGCCCACUUCUUGACAAGGCAGACGCGCACGAGAACGAGAUGGUGCUGGUUCCAAACUGCAAGGAGAAGCAGAACUUCGGUGGCUUGGACACGGUCUGCACCAAGCUGGGAGAGGAGAUCCUUCAGUCAAGUCAAGAAGAGCUCAAAAGUCUCUACUCGGACCUUGAGAAGGACACCUUCAUUAUCAACUCUUUCCGGCAACUGCGGUUCGACUUGGAGGAGGUUCAGGAGAGAUGGUGGCCAGAAGGCCAAGCGGAGUCCACGGCGCAGAUGAAGGCCCGCAUGCAGGAGUUUAUGUACCAGCUUCUCUUCUCGUCUCAGGAGUGUCUGGUCGUUUUCGGGCAUUCGCUUUUUUUCCAGCAGCUGAUGCGCGAAUUCAUGUCGGAGGACGUCAGGAGAUCAGAGACUGGCCAACUGCUCAGCAAGUCCAAGCUGCCCAACUGCGGAGUCGUGCGCCUGGACUUGGCGUUGGCCCCAGCACAUGCUUUCGAUUUCCUCCCGCCUCUGCGUCGAUUCUUGCCCCGUGGCUUCUCUCCUAGCAGUGCCCCCGCAGAUCAUUUGUUUGCCGAAUUGCAGUUCGCACUUCGCAGCGAACAGAUGAAAGGAUCCGACGAGGAUGCUGGGCGGCCCCUUCAUCAAGGCGAGAAAGCGCAGAACAAGCAUGUGACAUGUGUGGCAUGCGGCAUGAAACUGCACAAGCACAUGUGGCCCCGCGAGUUUUGA